GGAAAAGAAGACCAAUAGUUUUUUUUUUUUAUAUAUAUAUCCCCUGUUUGAGUUUGAGAGGAAAGGAUGUUUUGCGGAGAAAAAGUAAAAGCGCGACUCUGGACCUGCGUAGUGGGACAACAGAAGGGAUGUUACGGAGAGUUGUGAGACCUUCCUCGUCAGCAAAACCAAACCGUAAAUCGUUUUCCGCCGAAGGAAAAGCGCUGUUUUAGCUUGUAAUGCAAAAGGACAGACAAGACGAGAAGACAAAGCAAGGAAAGGGAGAAUAAAAGGAGUGCCUCAGAAGUGGCAUAUAAAGGAGCACAACACAACCGACAGCACUUUGUGAAAAGAGAAGAAGAGAUGAGGCCCGUAAAGAAACACAGAGGCCGUUCUCCCCUUUUAAGUAGAGGCCGAGGGGGAAGGAGGAGAGGGGGCUCUCAGGCCUCAUCAGACAAAGACACCAAAAGAGUCAAGAGCGAAACCCAUGUUCAAACUACACAGCAGUCUCCCUCUAACCCUAAAACUCCCUCGUCACGAAGACAGACCCUGCCCACAGCUGCCAACUCCCAUGGAGAGCCAUCCAGAAAGAGCAAUGCAAGGACGGAUGAAUCCAAUGAGCUGAGGAAGCCUGUAGCAACAGUUGAGAAUUAUGGAAAGAAAGGACAAGAAAGGGUUGAGGAUGGGAAGACAGUGAGGACAAAUGGAAAUAGCAUACCAUCCAGCAAUGUUGUAGAAACCCUCACCUCAGUCCUAGCGCCAGUCUCUGCCAUCAUGCCCCCUCUGGCCACCAAUCACAGUCCCACCUUUGUCUCAGUCUCUAGCAGGAAAACAGCCACCUUCAAGGCUCGUGUACCCAAGAAGAAAUACACAUAUGAGCACUUUGCCAACAAUACAUGUACCCUGACUACCAUUACUACCUCCAACCCUGCACUCAUUUGCAAUAGUUACUGCAAUAUUAACAGCAGCAUCAGUGACAGUGCAAAUAUUACAAAUAACACUGUCAACACCAGUAACAACAUUACUGUUAGUAGUAGGACUACCAAUAAUGCUACUAGUGAUAUCAACAACAUGGUUAACAGUUGCAACAGUAAUGUUAGGAAUAACAUUAUUAUCAAUACCAUUGUUAAUAGACGUAAUAAUGUAACCUUAACCUCAGGUAAUCAGCAAUCAGCACCGACUGAAGAAAAUAUACCCACUGAAGCAGAUCAUUUUGUUUCUGUAGAGGGUCAGGCUCUCAGGACAGUGGAUUCACAGCAAAGAUGGUCCAGAGCUUCAGAAAAUGAGUCAGAGAGGCCCUCUAACUCAGCACGUUCUUCAUCUACAGAUACAGCUAGUGAGCAGUCGGCUGAUCUGGAGGUGAUGGAAGCAACAGGACCAGGUCUUUAUGAAAACACAUCCCACAUACUUGCUUCCCUACAUAACUCAAACCCUAGAGAGACAAGCUUGUCAGAGGGGGUAAGUGAAGCUCUGGCUAAGGGUAUGAAGAAUCAAAGAGUCUUGGCUCGUCAGUUAAACAGUACCAUGGAGAACGGUGUUGGGGUUGAGCACAGCAGGGUUAAGAUAACAGAAGCACCUUCCCCAGUGUUUAAACCAGGGGUUGUGAGGAGUGUAAGUCAAGGUGCUGUUGAAUUGCAGCUCCAAGGAGAAGAAAGACUUGUCUGCUACCCUUUCCAUGGUGGAACCACAACACCAUUUUCCACUGUGGCUGAAAGCACUAUAGAUUUGAUUCUGGAUGCCUCCCCACCUGGCACUGCACCUGUGGCUGUUGGGACAAGAGUGUGUGUGCCUUUUGGUGGAGAGGAGGGGGGUCCUCUGCUGUAUAGAGAGGGGAUUGUUUCUCAGGUGGACCCGCACCCCGGUGUCUCAUUUCCUUAUCGGGUAUUUCUGAGUGAAGGCAGAGAGACUCUAGAGAAUGGAGGGAUGAAGGAAGAGGAGAGGAAGAAAGCUAGUUCUCAGGCUGUAUGGGUAUCCCGACAGAGCCUGAGACUGCUCACCCCUCCCUGGAACGUCCCACAUUUGGAUGGUGGGAGGACAAUUGAGAGAGAGCGAGAGAGACAAAGGGAAGAAAGAGAGCGUAGAGAAGAGAUGGAGGUGGAAAGAGAGGUGUGCCAGUUGAGUAUUGGAAUGGGAAUGCUGGGAGGAGGUGCAGUGUUGCAUCAUGGCUUCUCACAUCAAGGGGGGAAUUCAUAUACUUCUGCACACUCUUCUACUGUGACUUCUAAUGUAGUGGGCAAUACAGUUCAUGGCUGUGGGGAUAAAAAUCCCCACAAAGAGAAAGAAAAAGAGAGGCAAAAACAGCCUGACAUGCCCGAGGAAGAUGUGGAGGUGUCUCGUUUUAACAUGGGCCUUUCUAUGUCAAAUUCUGGGACCUCACAUCACAGGCACAUGGUCUCCAAGUCCACUGACUAUCCUCCCUCAUCCCCCCACUUGUCUGUGAUGCGGGGCCUGGGAUCGUCAAACUUUUCUGUCCAAAAGAGUUGCCAGCCGCCUCAUUCCCCUGCCUUAUCGGGUUCAGAAAUGAACAACACCCAACCAAACCUACCUCCAUCCAAGAUCACUCCUCCCCAGACCUCUACUCCCACUUCUGGUGGGGGAUACUCCAAUAACUCUUCUCGUUCCAGGACUCCCCUGUCCUUAGCUCAACAGAAAUACAAAAAGGGAGAUGUGGUGUGCACCCCUAAUGGUAUCCGUAAGAAGUUCAAUGGAAAACAGUGGAGGAGGUUGUGCUCCAGGGAAGGCUGUAUGAAGGAAUCUCAGCGUCGAGGAUACUGCUCAAGACACUUGUCCAUGCGAACUAAAGAGAUGGAGGAUGCUGGUGGAGAGAGGGGAGGAAGAGGUAGCAGCUCAGGGACAGUUACUCCCUCUGACUUACGGGGGAGAGCGAGCAGUGAGUUUGAGUGGGACGACACAUCAAGAGAGAGCAGCGAGGCCAGUAGCAGAGGAGAUUCCAGACCCCGGCUGGUCCUCCCUUCCCUGCUUCCACAUGAACUGUCUUCACGCUUUGACUUUGAUGAAUGUGAGGCUGCCACCAUGUUGGUGUCAUUAGGGAGUUCACGCUCUGGCACUCCCUGCUUUUCUCCCAUCUCCAACCAGUCACCCUUCUCGCCUGCCCCUUCCCCUUCACCUUCUCCGCUGUUUCGACCAGCCAACUUUUCCCCAAUUACUGCCUCUCCAGUUUUAUCACACCGGAGACACAGACAACCUAGUGGGACAGGGGGUGGUGUGGGAGGAAGCACUAAGGCCACAACCUCAGGUGGAGGAGGAGAGAGGGAGAGACACAUUCUAGGUAUCCAGCCCUCCUUCCACAACAACUUGACAUUCACAGUGCCCAUGAGCCCAAAUAAACGAAAGUCAGAUACCCCUCAUCCACCACCUCUACCCUCACACCACCAUGACUACACACCCAAAACUGAGCAGGAGCAGGGGGACCUCAGCACUUCUUUCAGGGUGCUAUUCCCCCAGACUCCAGGCUCACAUUCUCGCACACACACUCCCAAUAUUUCCAGACACAGAGAAGUGUGUACUCCCUCCUCAAACACGCCCCCAUCGUCCACUACUGUCUCACCUCCUCCUCUGCUGGUGUCUCCAACUCUCCCCUCUCCACUCACUCCAGAUGGAGGACUGCGUCAUGUGGUUCCUGUGUCCCAGCAGGCCUUGCGGGACUCCCCUGUCAUUGUGAGGAAUCCUGAAGUCCCACUAACAAAAUUUACUGAAUGUCCCUUGGGAGUAAGAGGAGGAAGAAAUGAGGGAGGGAAAGAUAAUGCCUCACCUAAAGACAUCAGUAUAACACCUCUUAGUCCUCAACCAAUUUCUGGCUUGCAAGUUCCUGUCCCCAUCAAUGCCGCUGCAGCCACAGUACCCAAUGGUACUGUUUUCUUGCGGAGCCCAUCCCAAACUCUAGUGUUUGUGUCUCCGACACCUCCCUCCCUUCCCACAGCUGACACCUCUGCCACCCCUCUGCAGGCUCUGUCAGUUAUGGUCAGCCCAACAGUCACAGCUCCGCCUCCAACUAGCACAGAGCACCCUGCUGAAGGAGAGGAAAACAGGGGUACAGGUUUUGGGGGUGACGUCCAGCAGCCAGUUCCCUGUCAUCCAUCUCCAACUGCCCUGCUGCCCCUCAUUUUACCAGCUGAAAGCUUACACCCUGCACCCCGUAAGGAGAUCAUCAUGGGCCGUCCUGGCACAGUGUGGACCAAUGUUGAGCCCCGAUCAGUUCCAGUCUUCCCCUGGCAUUCAUUGGUCCCUUUUCUGGCACCUACCCAAUCUGAUGCUUCUUCUCUACCAGGAGAGGGCCAACACCCAGUCAGUCACCCCCAAGCAUCCACUCUGAAGACAGAAUGUCAGGGGGUGGCAGCACUGCCAAAGGAGCCUACAGAGACUCCUCCUAAUGUGGAACGAGGACCCCCAUCCAGGCCCCCUCCAACAUCUGAGGAGCCACUACCAGACAGGGAGAAAGGAGAUGGAGAGAGAGAAAGGCCUGACAGUGAAACGGAGAGUGACGUGGAUGACCCCUUUCUCCCAGGAGUUGUACCUGACCAGCCUCUCUCUACAUCACCAGUAAAGAGACGAACACAGUCCCUCAGUGCACUGCCUAAAGAUGGAGACAAGAGCAGCCCUGGAAAGAGGGAGAAGGACCACAUCCGACGACCAAUGAAUGCAUUUAUGAUUUUCAGCAAAAGGCAUCGUGCAUUAGUGCAUCAGCGGCACCCAAACCAAGAUAACCGAACAGUCAGCAAGAUCCUUGGGGAGUGGUGGUAUGCCCUAGGACCUAAGGAGAAACAAAAGUACCAUGAUUUGGCCUUUCAGGUAAAAGAGGCCCAUUUCAAGGCACAUCCAGACUGGAAGUGGUGCAACAAAGACAGGAAGAAGUCCAGUUCUGAAGGCCGCGGGAUCCCAGGGGGAAAAGACAUCAGAGAGCGGAGCAUGUCUGAGACCACUGAGCCUCAUUCUAUAGAGUUGAAGGGGGUCGGUCCAGGUCUGAUGGGAAUGUCUGAGAGGAGUACAGGAGAGGGUCAUGUGGGUCAGCUCACCCGUCCACGAGCAUUUUCUCAGAGUGCCGUGCACAGCCUGGAGCGUAGUGACAGGGGUAAUGCACAGGCGCUGGCAGAACUGGCACAGAUGUGUGGGGAUGGAGGCAGUCAUUUUUCAAGUCAUGCCCCAUCUCUGUCGCAGUCCCAGCGUGGAGUCAGUGAAGACAUGACCAGUGAUGAGGAGCGCAUGGUCAUCUGUGAGGAGGAAGGGGACGAUGAUGUCAUUGAGGAGUCCUAUCCUCCCCCUUCCAUAGACCUCAAGUGUAAGGAGAGAGUUACUGACAGUGACAGUGAAAAUGGCUCUGCAGAUGAAAGUGACUGCAAGAGAAUUUUUGCUCCAGUCAUCUGCUCUUCCUCGGCUUCAUCAUCAUCAUCUUCUCAUCCAACGCCCCACGGCAGGAGCGUCUCGCUUUCAUCUUACCCCACUGCCAAACGCUAUGACGAAGGGAGAUCAGCAGGGGCAGGAUUUUCAGAGCACAGAAGGAAGGGAGGAGGAGAGCGCGAAGGCAAGGAUGGAUUUGUGGGAGAGGGAGGGGGACUGACAGCCCCUUCUGUAUCACUGUCCUCCAGUCAGUCGGUCAUCUCUACUUCUCCCGCUACAGGGCCUGCUCCCUCCUCGGUCAAUUCAGUGAGUGCGAGCCCACUCAUUGGCAUGGGGGCUGUGAGAGUAGCUUCCACUGUUGUGACCAAUGUAAUGCGCCCAGUAAUCAGCACACCAGUUCCUAUCGCCAGUAAACCCAGAGAUGGACUUUCCUCAUCCAGUCCACACCCACCAGAAAGAAAGCCCCAGAUACUCCAGCAGCAACCACAAAUUCUCAUUGGUUCAGGAUCAGGAAGCGGAGCUCCAGUCACAGGUGGUGGAUACCACUCCUCAUCAUCUCCUAGCGCAGUCGGUGCAGGUGUAGGCCCUGGUGGGGUUGUCACCAAUUUGGUUUUAGGAGGGGCUCUGUCAGCCCAGCCGGCUGUACAGCUCAUCACUCCCUCCCCUCAGCCUUCCCAGCAGCAAGUCUUUCCCACCACCGCAGUUUCUGCACCGCACAACCAAACCAACGGGCCUCUGCCCCUGCUCCAGCCCCAGUUUCUUCCUGCCUCUUCCCUUGCCCCUCCUGGGAGUAAGGCCAUCACUCAAGUACAGUACAUCUUACCAACCUUACCUGCCAACAUCAACCCUAAGAGUCCACCUCAGCAGCUCAGCCAGCCCACCAGUAUUUUCAACCUGCCCAGUGCUCCACCAACACAUGUGUCUCUGGCCAAUGGAAAGCAUCAGGGUUCUAGUUCACUGUCAGGUUAUACAUCCAGUCCAGCAGUAGGAGUUGUCAGCCCUGGGACCAGAGUACAAACACAGUCCCCUGUUCUCCAGGGUAAAAUGCUUGUGCCCAUGGCAACAGUGCAUACAGCACCAGCCCCUGCCCAGCAUUUUCCUAUUGUAGCCCCACCUCUUCCCGUCCAGAAUGGUGCUCAGGCAGGAAGCAAGAUCAUCCAGAUUGCUCCGAUGUCUGUGGUCCAGUCUCAGCGGCCUCAGGGUGGAGCAGUGCAUGCAGCUAACGCCUUCCCUGUAACAGUGGGCAAAGCUGCUGUGGUAGCGCCAUGUUCAGCCCCCUCCCAGGCUGUACUACUGCCACCACCAACUACCAGGAUUACCUAUGUCCAGUCCACUCCAGGGGGCACAUCCACUCUUCCACUGGUCUCUACAACAACAGGCUCUUCUACCACCCAGCAAACUCUGCCUGUGCCUGGAUCUGCAUAUGUUCAAUCACCUCUAGCAACACUUGGGUUUACAGCCAUCACACCACCCGGGCAGACUCUGGUUCAACCACUGAUUGCAGGUCAGCCAUCAUUAUUAGCUGCAGCUCAGUCUCCACAGUCCACCACCUCAGCCACUGCCUCAGGCACUGGCAGCCAAAUAGUCACUGCCAUCUACCAUCCUUCUCCUAAUGUCACCAUGGCAGCAGGUGUUGUCUCUGUGACAGCAGGGCCUCCCAAUGUGGUGUACUCUGUCUCCAGUCCUUCCAGUGCUUCCCCCCACAUUCUGCCCAAACACACACCAACCCCCACCACAAUCACACACACACAUCUGCAACAGCAUCCAGACCGACAGGCAGACAGACCUGCAGAUCAACAAAGUGACAGACAGGCCGAGAGGCAGGCUGACCUGCUGACACAUUUGGACAGACGUUUGGAGAGACAGAUGCAGACCAGUAGCAGCUCAGUGGUGCCUCCCAGUGGCUCUCUUGCUGUCAUCAGGCCUUGCAGCCCGACUCCUUCAGUCCAAAUACCUGGUGGCAGUGUACCAGGCACCCCCAAACUAGCCCAGCUACCAGCCAGGACACCUCAGAAAAUAAAGGCAACAGUUGCCAACAUACCUGUGGGUAGUUAUGAGGGAGGAAGCCGUGGAAAGGACAAAGACAAGGAGAGGGUGAGGGAACAGGAAAAGGAGAGAGAGAGAGAAGUUGUGGCAAACAGUCACUUCUCCUUUGAUCCUGAACCAGCUCUCCAGAUUGGAUCACCUUCAGUGCAUCCUGAUGAGGAGCCACAGUUCUCUGAGAGAACACUGGAGGGCUCCACUGCUGCAGACUCCUCAGACGUACGGAACAGGGAAAGUACAAGCACAAAAGAGGCGGGAUGGAAGGAGUCAAUCCCUUCCUCACCUCUCCCUCCUCCAUCAGCCACUGAACCUGCACUUCCACCACCACCACAGACUGAUAAAGAUGGUACUGCACCCAAAAAGGUCAAGGCCCGUCCACCACCACUGAAAAAGACCUUUGACUCUGUGGACAAGUCUGACAGGGUGUUGUCAGAGGUGUAUUUUGAGGAGCGCUUUGCUGAGCUGCCAGAGUUUCGACCUGAAGAAGUUCUGCCUUCACCCACCUUGCAAAGCCUCGCCACUUCCCCUCGAGCUAUUCUGGGCAGCUAUCGUCGCAAACGAAAGAACUCAACAGAUUUGGACUCGGCCACUGAUGAUCAAAUCUCACCUAAGAGGAAGAGCCGGCGGCGUUCAAGCUGCAGCUCUGAGCCGAGCACACCUAAAAGUGCGGCCAAGUGUGAGGGAGACAUCUUCACCUUCGACAGGACAGCCACAGAUGGAGAAGACAUCCUGGCAGAACUGGAGUUUGAUAAAGUGCCGUACUCUUCCCUUCGGCGCACACUGGACCAGAGGAGAGCACUGGUCAUGCAACUUUUUCAGGAGCAGGGCUUCUUUCCAUCAGCUCAGGCCACCGCAGCUUUCCAGGCACGAUACUCCGAUAUAUUUCCCACUAAGGUGUGCUUGCAGCUGAAGAUCCGAGAGGUUCGGCAAAAGAUCAUGCAGACAGCUGCCCCAUCUGAUGCUUCUGGUAUCAGUCUUCCCGACUCCUCCUGCUCCCUCCCUGGACCUUCAGGCUCCCAGGCAGGAGAAGGGUCUGGCAGAGGAGGCGGAGACCUACCAGACGAAGAAGUGGACCAAGGCGUGGAGGCCAGCCCGGAGGAUCCACGCGAUUCACAGGAUUCUUCGAGAUGAGGGACACUGACAUUUUAGAGAGAACACUCAGUGUGUCCGUUGCGCAUCUCCUCCUGGUAUCCUGGUUUUUUGUUUUGUUUUGUUUUUAAGUCACUCUGUUCAGGUGUCGUCUGACCAUAUCUUGAUUUGGUUCCAUCUUUAGCAGCCAACUUAGGAGUGAGAGAUUUUUGGACGUUACGUUCCAUUUUUAAUACAUGAGACUCUCUUGUACCAAAAAGGACAAGUGUAAACCCAGUGGCACAAAGACUAGAACAAUACACACACUUACCCACACACCCUGUGAGCCCAUCAUUUCCACACUUGAAUCAGCACUCUGCAUGGACCAGCUGGGAGAAAGCUGGUGAACAUUGGACCGUUGUGUACAGCUGCACUUGUUUGCCUCGACGAGAGUUGUAGUUUGUGAAUGGAGACACGUCUUUAAAACAUUGAGGUGGUGAAAGUCAGCGACUUCAAGACAUAAAGCGUAUUGAUCUUUGCAUUUUUUAAAAUUUGAGUUGCAGAAUUGCUUCAUUGAGGAACAACCUGUAUGUUCAUGUAGCUGUUACCAGUUUGUGAUGUUUCUGCUGUCUCGGAGGGCUGGGCCCUCAGCAGUUGAAAACUCUUUGAUUUAAGAAAGAACCUGUUGCUAUGGAUGUGAAAGGAGUCUUUGACUCACAGGUUCCUCUGAUUUUAAUUUUCAAGUGGGGACCUUCAGAGGAGAUUCACCAGGAAAGACUGAAGAAGAGACUAAAUGAAAGUGGAUUUCUGGUGGUGCCAUCAUUCCUUUCUGGCCGAGUCCUUCCUUCUCCGACCCAAGCACACGCCAGUCGGUAGGAACCGAGCAUUCACGUGCCUCGUUCGCUAACUGUGAAAGGAGGAGGUGUCUCAGAGUCAGCAGGCACAUCCUGGCUCUUAGUUUUAGAGGUCAGGCUGACAUGGCCUUAAUCCUCUGUUGCCAAGCAGUUUUAAUAACUUUUUAUAUUUGAUUUGUAUUUAACAUUAUUAUUGACUUUGUUGUAUUGUUCCUAUGCCUGUUAUGACUUAUAGCAUUGUAGUGAACUCUGGUUUUUAUUUUUUCUUCUCAUUGCUGGCAGAUAUUAACAAUAUUUCUGCCAACCUGAUUUCUUGUGCUAGGUUUUUUUUUCCUUUAAUAAUUUUGGAGGCAGGUGAGAGAUGCUGCGUUGACACCUCCAUGGUUCCUCCAUUGUAGUCUUCCCUUGACUGGCCUCACUUCAGCAAGGACCUGCGGUGCAGUCACUUUUCUUGUUCACGUCUACAAAGAUGAUGAACCAAACAUGGACCUUAAUGUUCUUUCAAUAGUAAUAAGCCGUAUCUUUUUAGACAACCCUGUAUACCUGUAGUUUGAUUCAGUAUCACUAUCCUCGCAUCUUUCCUUCUGUCCUUGCUCCCUUUGUCACUUUAUUUCUCUCUCUCCAGACCUCUUUUUCAGCAGGCGGAGAAAAAAACCUGGGAGAACUAAGGCGAAGGUAAAUGAAUGGUUGUUGGAGGAAAUAAUACUGGUCGUGUUUGUGCAAAGACUUGGUUGUUUUGUAAAUACUGUAGAGUCAUUAGACUCAUUAUAUUACGGAAAAAUCUCACUGAACCAAAAUGGACUUUUAAGAUACCUAUUACCUAAGGUAAAACAUGAAAUGGAAAAAAAUAUAUGGCUAUUAAUGUUAUGUUAAACUCCUUGUUUUGCUGUUUCAGUAUGCAAGAGAGGACUUUAUAUGAAUAAAUUAAGUUUGUAUCUGUACCUUUCAGUAUGCAAGUAAAAAUAAGUGUUCAAUUAAAGUGAUUUUUAUCACUG